AUGAUCUUGCUCUGCCCAUUGUCUACACCGGUGGUGCCUCCACUCCUGUUGCUGAGUGCUUCAUCUUGUCUAGUGUGGGGUGUUGGUAAACUGAUACAAGUGGUUGAGGAUCCUGGUGUGAUCAGCCAAGUCAUGGGGGAAGAGGCAAUCCAUAAGUUGGAAUUAGCUUACUCUCCCAUGCAGGUGGAUUUGGAAAUUAAUCAUGCAGUGGUUCUGGAGGAUCCACCCACUCCUGCCAUGCUGGCAUUGAUACAUCAACCUUCGCGGCACUCCCUGCCACCAUCUUUGCCUAGUGUGACCUCCCCUACUCCUCCCGUGACUCCCCCAGCUCCCACACCUCUGGUUCUGGAGGAUCCAGCUGCUCCUGCUGCGCUGGCAUUGACACAUCUACCUUCACGGCACUCCCCACCAUCAUCUACUCCUGGUGUAACCUCCCCUGCACCUCCCAUUGCUGAGGACCCAUUUGCCCACCAGAACACCUUAGUUGCCAGCAUCACAGUAUCUGCAGACUUUGAGAACCUUGGGCGACCCAUGAAACUGACUGCGGUCCACCUUACCAGGUUGUGGGACAUGCUGGGUCCCCUCAUAGACCAAACUGCCGUUGAAUGUGUGCUGUUCACUCCAAUGGACAACUACCCAUUGCUGCAACAUCUAAAUGAGCAAGGUGUCGUCAUCCUGGUCAACCAGGCCUACAAUCGUGUCAUCACAUCCAUGAUUGCACUCUCCAUGCUUGGGAUGGAUCUGUGGGCCACGGCUGAGAACCAUGACAUUAUCUAUCGCCAUUAUUUGGACCUGACUACCCCAGCAACUAAAGAAGGAGAAGAAGAGCAGGACACUGAAGAAUGGGUGGGGUUUGCAAAUGAUGGAGAGGAUCGUGAAAUCCCCAAGGAUGCUUGA